UACAAGACUUGAUAAAGUUGAUUGAAGAACAAAUGAAAGCCAGAGAUGGGUUUGGUGGUAGCUAAGAAGUGACAAGAUCGUUCUUAGGUCCCUUAAAUUAUUACUAAAAGAAGACUCUAACAUUCAACAUUGACUCGAGGUUUAAUUAUAAGAUCUAUUCAUGAUCAGGGAAAAAAAAAAAAAAAAAAACAUCAAUCUACCACCCACCUUAAUUUAAUUUGCUUUGUCAGAGUUAGCCCCACUUGCAAUUAUUUCGUUUUAACUUUUGUAAACAGCAUAAAUACACUUGAAUUAUUUUAUUGGAAUAAUAUAAUCAGAAAGCACUUUUCCACUUUUGCUUCUUUGAUAUCCCCCUAUCAUUUGUAUAAGGGAAUCCACGUAAAUCACGCCCAUACGUGAUUUCCUCCUUGUCAAUAUUUCUAUAUAGCAACUCUGUUUUUUGUUGUAUAUUCCGUAAAUAGCUGUUAUCUUAUUUAUGAUUGUAUAUUCCUUAAUCAGCUACAUCCUUGUAUUAUAUAAAGAUGUCUUGUAAUGCAAAAAUAUAUUGAGAAAUCUUUACCGAAUUACUUGCGUAAUCCUCAUAAUUUGCUCAUGGGGAUUAAUAGUAAGCUCACAAGGCUGCUGUUGCAGGAAAUAAGCAGAAGAAAAUGUCAUGAUUUCCUUCAAAGAACUGCUAAUUAUUCAAGAGAUCCAAGUCCAGGUGCUUUCCUUCGAAGGCCAUACUCAAAGUCUAGAGCUUCUGUGUUUGAAGCUGUUGUUCCAGAAGAAAGAAGCUCUGUCUGCAUUUACAAGGUCCCAGCUAAUAUGCGUCGGGUGGAAAGAAAGGCUUAUGAACCCAACGUUGUCUCCAUCGGUCCAUACCAUUAUGGAGUAGAGCGGUUGCAAGACAUGGAAGAGCUCAAACAGAAAUUUGUUCGCCGCCUCUUUGAUCGAAGCCGCGAGAAUGAAGUAGUCGAGUUUGAGCUUGUGAAGGAUGCCAUGGGGAAACUGGAGGAAGAAGCUCGAAUCUGCUAUGGGGAAGAAAUCAAACUAGGAAGUGAGGAAUUUGUCGAGACGAUGGUUAUUGAUGGCUGCUUCGUUGUUGAGCUGUUGAGAGAGGCAUGGCAGCACAAGCUAGGUGGACACCCAAUACCUUUCAUCAAAAGAUGGAUGUUGCCCGCUCUUCGUCGGGAUCUGAUCAUGCUUGAAAACCAACUCCCUCUCUUUGUUCUGAAUAAAUUAUUUGAAAUGACAAGUAGCACUCCUGCUGAAUUACCGCCAUCAGUGCAACAGCUUGCACUUCACUUCUUUAAUCCUUUAUUGCAAAGAGGUUUGGAAGCACCACCUCCAAAGAGCAGUACUACUGCAACUGAAGUAGUCUUCGAAGCAAGGCACUUGCUUGAUCUUUUCCGCUCUAGCACUCUCCCGGUCGAACUGGCAAGAGGGAAACAAACCAACAUGAUCCGUUCAAUAACAGAGCUAAAACAAGCGGGCGUCAAAGUUCAGAGAGCAAAACAUCUCAAGCCACUUGACAUAACAUACGAGGAAGGUGUGCUGAAGAUCCCUCCUCUUUACAUCGACGAUUACAAGGGCACUGUGUUUCGUAACAUGGUGGCAUUCGAGAAAUGCCACCACAGUUGCCAUCCAGACGUCACAACGUACUUGUUUUUGUUCGACGGACUCAUUAACUCGGCCAAGGACGUGGGACUUCUCCAUUGUGAUGAAGUUCUUCACCAUUCUCUGGGCAGCAACAAAGAGGUUGCGAAACUUGUAAACAACAUCUGCAAGGAGAUUGAUAUGGAUGUAGAUGAGUCAUAUCUAUUCAUGGUGGUCGAUGACGCCAACUCUUUCUUCGGUUCUCCUUAUGGGAAAGCGAGAGCAGGAUUGGUGCGGCACUACUUCAGCAGCUGGGUGGUGGGGAUCUCGACUCUGGGUGCCGUUUUUGCUGUUUAUCUCACCCUGAUUCAGACUGCCACCGGAGUUGCAGGCGCCCUGGAUCCCUUGAAAGAAGUCAACUUCUGGUCGCAUCUGAAAGAUUCCUUGUUGCUUCCUUUUUUUGGUACCAAAUAAACCUCGCUCGGAUCGAUGGAGGAUGAUGAUUCCUUGGCGUAAUUAACCAGCUUGCUAGCGAGCAGUAAAUACGACCCUCGAAGGAAAUGUUUUGUUCUUUUUAUGCACCAAAAUGUUUGUAAUGUUU